AUGAGUUCCAGAGGACUCACUAAAAAGGAGCUAGAGGAGUUGAAGAAGAAAGAGGAAGAAGAAGCAGCCGCUCAUGUGUUUAAAGAGUUUGUGGAAACUUUCCAAGAGGUGCCUAGUUCCACAACCAAAGUUUGGGUAAAAGCUGGUACUUACGAUGCAGGAGCGAGAAAGGAAGACACCUCAGAACGAGGCAAAUUGUACAAACCGGUCUCCCGGUUGGAUGAGAAGCGAAGUUCGAAUGAGGUGGAAGUUGUCCGCAACCUUGUCCAAAGACCUGAGCCACCAGGCAGACCUCACCCAAAAAACAAAAAGGGUCAGGACAAGAAAAAGAGUAACUUAGAGCUUUUUAAGGAAGAACUUAGACAAAUUCAAGAGGAAAGGUCUGAGCGGCACAAAUACAAGAAUGUAUUACGAGAACGCGGAGUUCCAGGUGUGGAGCUUGCAUUAGAUGCCAUACCUGAUGUUGGAUCUUAUGACACAGGGGAUCCUAAUACUACAAAUUUGUAUCUUGGCAAUUUGAAUCCUAAGAUAACAGAACAGCAGUUGAUGGAGAUAUUUGGUCGGUAUGGUCCUCUGGCAAGCAUCAAGAUCAUGUGGCCGCGUUCAGACGAGGAGAAGGCGCGCGGACGGAAUUGUGGUUUUGUGGCAUUCAUGUCGAGGAAGGAUGGCGAGAGAGCACUCAGAUGUAUAAACGGCAAAGAGAUAAUGAACUACGAGAUGAAGCUGGGCUGGGGCAAGGCGGUGGUGAUCCCGCCCGUUCCUAUCUAUAUCCCGCCUGCGCUGCAGACGCCUAGCAAGCCGCCGCCUGCCUCCGGCCUGCCCUUCAACGCGCAGCCGCCAAAACACCUCGUUCAUAAGAUACCACGCGUCCGGCUCGGAGAUUACUACCCUAGCGACCCUGAAGAUAAAAAUACCUACGAACAGAUUCUAUCACAGUCAAUAGUAAAAGUUGUGGUACCAACAGAAAGAAACAUUUUAAUGCUCAUCCAUCGCAUGGUGGAGUUCGUGAUCCGCGAGGGUCCGAUGUUCGAGGCCAUCAUAAUGAACAAGGAGAUCAACAACCCGUUCUUCCGGUUCCUGUUUGAGAACCAGUCGGCGGCCCACAUCUACUACAGGUGGAAGUUAUUCUCCAUGCUGCAGGGGGACUCGCCCAAGCAAUGGUCGCUGGAAGAUUUUCGGAUGUUUAAGGGUGGUUCAGUGUGGCGGCCGCCCGUUAUGAACUUGUACACAGCAGGAAUGCCCGAUGAACUAGUGGAGGAAGAGGAUGCCAAAGAAAAUAUAAGAGGGACAUUAUCAAACAACCAGCGCGACCGGCUGGAGGAGCUGAUCCGCGGGCUGACGCCGUGUCGCGUGUCGGUGGGCGCGGCCAUGGCGUGGUGCCUGGAGCACGCGGAGGCGGCGGCCGAGGUGGCGCAGUGCAUCGCCGAGGCGCUGGCCGGGGACUCCACCGCGCCCGCCAAGCGCGUGGCGCGCCUCUACCUCGUGUCCGACAUACUGCACAACGCGGGCGCCAAGCUCACCAACGCCAGCGCCUAUAGGAGCGCAUUCCAACAACGCCUUAUUGAAAUAAUGCGUCAGUGUCAUUUGGCGCUAUCCCGUAUGACUUCACGGCUGCAGGCCGAAGGGUUCAGAGCGCGCGUCAUUCGUACCUUGCAAGCGUGGGCCGACUGGGCCGUAUACCCCACUGAUUUUUUGAUGCACAUCAACGAUGUAUUUCUAGGGCAAGAUAAGGAGAGCGACGGCGGGGGGCUGGCGGGCUCGGAGCUGGCGGCGGCGGCGGGCGGCGGGUCGGCGGGCGCGUCGCCGGCGCGCUCGUCGGGCUCGGAGGGCUCGUGGUCGGGCGGCGCGCUGGACGGGGCCGCGCUGCGCCGCCUGGCCGCGCAGCACACCGCGCUCGCGCCGCGCAGCCCGCCCUGCGACGACAUCGACGGCGUGCCCGUUGACGAGGACAUCGACGGCGUGCCACUGGAGGCGGAGGCGGGCGGGGCGCUGCGCGCGGCGGGCACGUUCGUGCCGUCGCGCUGGGAGAGCGUGGAGCCCGACGCGCUGGGCGACGAGCGGCCCGACCAGCUGCCCGACGAGCGGCCCGACGAGCCGCGCCCCGAGCCGCGCGCGCCCCCCCUCGCGCCCCCCUCCGCGCCCACCACGCCGCACCACACCGACAGCGAGGAGCAGUCGCUGAAGCGCGAGACGCUGCGCGAGAUAGAGGUGCGCGUGCUGAAGUACGCGGACGAGCUGGAGGCGGGGCUGCGCGCGCGACGCGCCGGCCUUGCGCACGCGCAGCAGAUACAGCACUACCGACGGAAACUUAUCAAGAAGGCGUUACGGGAAGCGAAAGAAGCGAAUGAGGAAAUUCGGGACUCUCCCGACGUAAGGAAAAGAACCCCGCCUGAAGAGGACACGUACUCCACGACCUCGUCUAAGAAAUCUAAAAAGUCAAGAGAACGUUCGCUGUCACCACCUCUAAAGAGGUCGCGGUACAGUGAUCGAAAGUCAAGAUCGCGGUCUCGAUCACGUGACCGUGACAGAGAACGUGACCGCUCCCGCGAGAGAGAACGAGAUAGAGAAAGAGAACGCGACAGAGAAAGAGAUAGAGAUCGGAGGCGUCGAUCACCGGCCACGCCGCCUUCACAUCACCAUCGUAAACACAGCAAACAUGCUAAAUAUAAGUACUAA